UUGCAAUCGAGUUGUUGAUAUUGGGCACUGUGCGCAUGUCGAGCUCAAAAUACACGUUUAAUUCCCAACCAUGAAGACGUAGUUUCUUCCAUUUAAUUUCCAGUUGCUCGCGGGAAUAUUUCGAAGUACCGUUUUACGUUAUGUUUGCGGUACUGAUCUUUGGCUUGUGCUUAGCUCUGGUACACUCGCAAAGGGAAUAUGAACUUGAAGCGAGAGGUGCAGACUAUAUCGAUAGAGUAGGAGGGCCUGCCUAUGACUUUAUCGGCGGAGAGGGUAGAGGGUAUGGGUCAAGGGAAGGGUAUCUUGGAGGUGGUGAAGGAUAUUAUGAAGGUGCAGGAGGAGACUAUAGAUCACUCAGGGAGGGUGGAAUGUAUAGGUCAGAGUAUAGUAGAGAUCGUGGUGGAUAUUAUGAAGGUCCAGACUAUAGACUACGCGGGGAAGCUGGAGAAUAUGAACGUCCCGAACCCGAGGAUAUAAGACGGUAUGGUGCAGGUGCAGGUGGAUACUACGGCAGAGGCGAAUCAUACGGUGGUAGUUAUAGUUCUGAUGGAUAUGGGAGCUCUGUAGAAUAUAGCAGUCACGGCGGAUCACACGCCGGAAGUCACGGAGGGCACAGUGGGCAUAGCGUGCACAGCGGGCACAGCGGAAUGUCUCAUUAUAAAAAGAAAAAGGGCAAACAUGGUUAUGGAUACGGAUCUAAACAUAAGAAACCAAAGAAGUACAGACCGCCUCCCAAAAAAUCUAGACCUCAACCGAAGAAGCCCAGACCUCCGCCAAAAAAAUACAGGCCUCCGCCUAAAAAAGCUAGACCUCCGCCUAAGAAAUAUAGGCCUCCACCCAAGAAGCGUAGGCCUCCUCCGAAAACAUACAGGCCUCCAACUAAAAAACGUAGACCCCCGCCUAAGAAAUAUAGACCUCCACCCAAGAAGCGUAGGCCUCCUCCGAAAAAAUACAGGCCUCCACCAAAAAAACGUAGACCUCCGCCUAAGAAAUAUAGACCUCCACCCAAGCGUAGGCCUCCUCCGAAAAAAUACAGGCCUCCACCUAAAAAACGUAGACCUCCGCCUAAGAAAUAUAGACCUCCACCGAAGAAGCGUAGGCCUCCUCCGAAAAAGUAUCGGCCUCCUCCACCUCCACCGAAGAAGUAUCGACCGCCUCCGCGGAAAAAGUAUCGACCACCACCUCCGCCGCCGAAAAAGUACAAGAAGAAAAAGAAAUAUGGAGGACAUUAUCAUUGA